CGGAUGCCUUUUUGCCAAUCAACACAUGUCAGCUCGCAGUAAAAUCACUGACAGUGGUUGUCUGCUUUAAUUUUGGUCUGUGACAGGGAAGUAUGUUGGGGCUCAGUCUGCGGGAGGUUGCUGCCUCUCUGAGACAGAGACAAGUGAGCCCAACUGAACUUUGCCAGAAAUGUCUUUCAUUUAUUAAAGAAACUUCAUUCCUUAACGCCUAUAUAACUGUAACUGAAGAUACUGCACUGAAGCAAGCCGCUGCAGCAGAUCAGAGAUUUAAAGCAGGGCAACCUCUGGGGGAGUUAGAUGGAAUUCCUAUUGCAAUUAAGGAUAACUUUAGUACUCAAGGCAUUGAAACAACAUGUGCAUCAAGAAUGUUAAAAGGCUACAUUCCCCCUUAUAAUGCGACUGUUGUACAGAAAUUUUUAGACCAAGGAGCUGUACUUAUGGGAAAAACAAAUCUAGAUGAGUUUGCCAUGGGAUCUGGGAGCACUGAUAGUAUAUUUGGACCUGUGAAAAACCCAUGGAGCUAUGCAAAGCAUUACAGGGAAAAAAGAAGAGCAAGUCAUCCUGUUAUAAAUGAGGAUUCUGAUUGGGUAAUAACCGGCGGAAGUUCUGGGGGCAGUGCUGCUGCAGUAUCGUCAGGAACCUGCUAUGUGGCAAUAGGAUCUGAUACAGGAGGUUCUACCCGAAACCCAGCUUCUCACUGUGGAAUUGUGGGCUUGAAGCCUACUUAUGGUCUAGUUUCUCGCCAUGGCUUGAUACCGCUGGUGAACUCUAUGGAUGUGCCAGGUAUCCUAACCAGAUGUGUGGAUGAUGCUGCAACUGUAUUAGGUGUUCUUGGUGGUCAUGAUCCAGAUGAUUCCACUACAGUCCAGGAUCCUUUUGCGCCAUUCCAGCUACCUGAUAUUACAGACAUGAGCAAGCUGUGUAUAGGGAUACCAAAGGAAUACCAUGCUCCUGGACUAUGUACAGAAACUCUGUUACUUUGGUCAAAGACAGCAGACUUGUUUGAAAAUGCUGGAGCGAAGGUUGUUGAGGUUUCACUGCCACAUACACCCUACUCUAUUGUGUGCUAUCAUGUUCUGUGCACAGCAGAAGUAGCAUCAAAUAUGGCUCGCUUUGAUGGUCUAGAAUAUGGGCACCGGUCAGAUAUAAAUGACUCCACAGACGCUAUGUAUGCAGCAACAAGAAGAGAAGGAUUCAACGAUGUUGUGAGAGGAAGAAUAUUAUCUGGGAAUUUCUUUCUACUCAAACAGAACUAUGAACAGUAUUUUCUAAAGGCUCAGAAAGUGCGUCGUUUAAUAGCUGAUGACUUUGUGAAGGUUUUCAGUUCUGGCGUUCAGGUGUUGCUAACUCCGACCACUCUGGGAGAUGCAGCUCCUUAUUGGCAAUUCAUCCAAGAAGAUAACCGAACUCGUAGUGCUCAGGAGGACGUAUUUACCCAGUGUGCCAACAUGGCAGGUCUUCCAGCAGUUACUGUUCCUGCUGGCCUUUCUAGCCAGGGAUUACCGAUUGGCCUCCAGUUCAUUGGGCAAGCCUUCUGUGAACAACAGCUACUCACAGUAGCCAAAUGGUUUGAAAAGCAAACAGACUUUUGUUCUUUAGAGUUUCAUAAAAUUCUAGAAGAUGCAAGCAAAACAAAGCAACCUAGUAAAUCUGCCUCUGUAUUGUAAAUUAUGUUUAAUUAAAUAUCUUGCUUUGUUUUUUAAAUAAAAAAUGGUUUGUCUUUACAGUAAAGUUGUCUUAUAGAUAUAUAAAUAAAAAAUAACAUUCUGUCACUUUUUAAAGUGCUUUAAACGUUUAAUAAAAGAGCAAUUCAGAAAUGGUCAUCAGGGGGUUAAAAGUACAAUGUAGAUUUACAUCCUCAUUUAGUUUUAUGUAAAUAUGUUUAAUCACAUGAAUUUUACUUUGCAAACUGAUAAAAAGAAUAUAGUAGGGAGAAAUCAAAUUAAACAUAUUUCAGCCAA